AUGGUUGGUGAUCACGACAAAUAUAUCGGGUUGGCACUGGCUGUCUCUUCUAGUCUGUUGAUCGGCACGUCUUUUAUCAUAACGAAAAAGGGUCUAAUCGAUUCAACACGUAGACAUGGUUCCUCUAGUGAAGACCAUAGUUACCUAAGGAAUCCGAUCUGGUGGAUAGGAAUGAGCACAAUGGUGAUUGGUGAAUUGCUCAAUUUUGCUGCCUAUUCAUUUGCUCCCGCUAUCCUCGUAACUCCCCUCGGUGCUUUGAGUGUUUUAAUCGGAGCUGUUUUAGCUUCACUAUUUCUCAAGGAAAAUCUUGGGCGAAUAGGGACAGUAGGGUGUGGCUUGUGUUUGAUCGGUUCGAUAAAUAUUGUGAUACAUGCACCAGCAGAUAGGGAUAUUGUGACUGUUGACGAAAUUCUUGCCUUUGCUCUCCAACCUGGCAGGUCUUUCUCAUUAUACUGUGUGCUGGUCACUUUUUAUACUCUUUUCGCGAUACAACGUGUUGUACCAAAAUACGGAAAAAAAAACCCUUUGGUAUAUUUAUCUAUUUGUUCUUUGGUUGGGUCAAUAUCUGUUAUGUCUUGCAAAGGAUUUGGCAUAGCUCUCAAAUUAACGUUCGCGGGUAACAAUCAGUUUACUCAUCCAUCAACUUAUGUUGUAAAUCCUAUAUAUUACGUAUUUUUUACAACAUCAACAAUAUUCGCUUCUGUUCUACUAUUUCAAGGAUUCAAUACCAGUAAUGCGGUCAAUGUUAUCAGCCUAUUUUGUGGGUUCCUAACUAUUUUUGCCGGCGUAUUUCUUCUAAAUGUUGCAAAAACCGAUGGACUAUUAAAUAGGUCUUCGCAAAACGGUAAUGGUGUAUUACGAUCAUCAAUGUCAUUAGACGUACAUGAGCUUAUGAAAACAAGAGAUGCUACGUUAUUGAACGCUUUUAAUGAAGAAAGUUUAGGAUUGACACAGUUAAAUGAUAUAUCUGAUUCUGAAGAAGGUUAA